AUCAUUAAAAACAAGAAAAUCAACAUAAAAAACUAAUUUUUAAACGUAGAGGUCAUUUCAAUGUCAAACACAGGUUAUGUUUCCUCGAAAUGUUUACAAAAUAAAAAUAAUUGAACCUACGCCCGCGUAGAUCACCAACAAUGUGGAAGAGCACCGUAAAAGUGAUCUUCAACAAUUACUACCUCAUAUUCGGCAUAAUAAUCGGCUUGUUUUUCAACUUCAGCUUCAUCGAGCUCGACUGCUCCAACAAGUCAACAUUCAUCCCCGAUUUCAACUACUCCGCACUAAGGGCGGUGAUAAAAAGCAAUGUCACGCGCGGAGCCACGAGUAAAUCCGCGCCCGUACGACCCCGUUACUACUCCACCGAGCUGGGCAUCCGCGAAAAACUGUUCAUCGGUGUGUUCACCUCAGAGGAGAAACUCCAGACACAAACAGUGCAUGUGAACCACACACUGCAUCACCUGGUGCAGCAGGUGAGGUAUUUCAUGACUGCUGCACCCUCGCGAAGAAGAAACAACGUAAAUUACUCGGGUUUGAUUGGUUUCACUGAAGGCAAACCAAGUCACAGGCCAUUUCAGGUGAUCAAGUACAUCUGUGACAACUUCCUGCAAGACUAUGACUAUUAUUUCCUUAUGAAUGAUUUUAACUAUCUGGAUGUGAGGAAAUUGAGGAGUAUUGUUGAGGGAAUCAGUGUGAGUAGGGAAGUGUAUGCUGGGAGUGCAGUUAAAGAUGGAACUUAUUGUAAUAUAGAUGCAGGGAUAUUAUUUAGUAACUCAGUGAUGAAAGCAAUGAAACAGCACAUUGAAUGGUGUGUAAUGAAUGCUGUUACAUCAGACAACAGUGAAAAUAUUGCCAGAUGUGUUUACUAUGCUACAAAAUUGGAAUGUCAGGAAAAUAUUCCAGGGCUGAAUAUUGCAAGUUAUAAGCUGAGAUCAUUUGAUCUUGAAAAAAAGUUUAAAACCUUGCAGAAGAAUGAAGAGUUUAAUAAUGCUGUUACUGUUUAUCCUAUCAUCAACAAAGAGGAUUUCUACCUGCUACAUUCUCACUACUCAAAGUUGCAUUUACAACGUUUAAAAAGUGAAAUUUCUGAACUCUCGCGUGAUUUAACGGAACACUGGCCGCCUGGUGAGCGAAAAGGCAGCAUCCCCGCGACAAGAUUCGACCUCCCCAAUAAAUUCUACUUUAAUCGGACGCAUGUCUUCGCCCCGGAUGAUUUUACAACAAUUCGAAGACACAAAAAGACUGAACAACUUGAUAUUGACAAUAUUUUACAAACCAUAUCAAAAACCACGAACAAAAGCCUGGAAUUUCUGGAAUUGGUCAAUGGCUAUCGUACAUUUGACAUGUCACGCGGAUUAGAUUACAUCUUCGACUUGAAAUUCAUCGAGAAAUCCACGAAGAAAGUCUACAAUAAACGCUUUGAAGUGUGUAAACCCAUCGGUAACGCGGAAUUCAUCCCAGCGCCUUACGUAACAGAAAACUCUAAAGUUUCUAUUCUACUGGUGAUUGAAGAGAACGAAGUGCAAGCAACUCUAGAGUUUCUACAACGGUUUGAUGCGAAUAUUAUGGAGAAAAAAGAAAAGGUUCUCUUGAUGUUAGUGUUUCUCUACCAGGCGACCACGCCGAGUAAAGGCGAUGGUGAUGUCUUCGGCGCUGUCAAAGACGCAGCCAUACGAUACUCAAACAAAUACAAAAGCGAAGACACCAAAGUCGCAUGGGUCUCCAUCAGAUUACCACAAUUACCAGCUGGACAAUACAUAUCUCGACAUGAAUACAAAGUGUUAAAUUUUGUCGCCAUUGAUUUGGCGCUGAAGAAAAUCGGCGUUGAAAACCUGAUACUUUUCAUGACACCAUUCGGUGAUUUACAAGUGGAUUUCCUCAAUCGUGUGCGAAUGAACACGGUAAUUAACUUUCAGAUAUUCUCAGUGAUACCAUUCAGGUUUUAUCACCCGGAUUUGGUGGAAUAUGAUCGUGAAAAGCUCGAGAUUAACAAGAACAACGGCCAUUUUGAUCCGGAAUGCUAUGAGUUCGUCGCAUUCUACGGCAGGGAUUAUGUGACAGCAAGAAAACGGUCGAAACAUUUAGUGCCUUUAACGCGAGUGGAUAACGAUAUUGUAAAUGUUUUGCAAGAUGUUUAUAAGGAAAGAGGGAAUGUCUUCCGGAUGUUUGUUGAAUUUGCAAAGGAGCUGCAUUGCUUGCGUGCACCGGAUAUGUCUUUGAAAGUGAAAUAUCAUGAGGAAAUGGAUGAAAAUCGAAACAAUUGGUUUCUUGCAACAAAGACACAACUCGCCAAAGUGAUACUCUCUAACAGUGAUAUGUAAUAGAUUGAUUUAAAGACGUAUUUUUUAAUAAUUGACAUGACAAUAAAUUAUGUUAUGUAGGCAGGGUUGCCUACAUUUUAAAAAUAA